AUGAAGGGUAAUGUGUUCGACUUUUUAGUGUUAGGCGCUGGGGCGGCUGGUUGUACAGUCGCUCGUGGGCUUGCCGCCAAGUACCCUGAUGCCUCCAUCGCGUUGCUGGAGGUUGGCAGCAGGCGAUAUCCCCCAUCCGUGAUGCGAAUUCCCUUCCUUCAGCCCUUUAUCACGCGUUCGCGAGCUUCAAUGGGCUUUCUACACCGUUAUAACGGGAUCCCCGAAGAAAAUUUAGGAGGGCGGUCUUUAACGUAUUAUCGAGGUCGUGGUUUAGGCGGCUCCACCCUUUGUAACGAUAUGACGUAUAGAAGAGGCACCACGGACGACUUCGCGGCCUGGGGCGAUGACGCGUGGACGUUUGAAACGAUGCUCCCAUUCUUCACCUCACUCGAACGCAACACCCGUUUGCGUGCGCCGAUGCAUGGGGAGGAUGGCCCUCUCGUGGUGUCCGACGUCGCGCGAAGUAAUUUGGAUUCGGAGCUGAAUGUGCGGUUUUUUGAAGCCUGCGAGGCGGCGGGUCUUCGCCCGAGCGAGGACCUCAAUCGCGGCCUCGCGGAUGGCUUCACGGGCUACCAAUCCCUCAUCGACCACGGCGCGCGCGUGGAUUGGUUCGAUGCCGGGAUCGAAAAACAUCGCCAUCUCACGCCGCGGCUUCGGGUGUUGGUGGAUGCGCAGGUCGAGCGAAUCACCUUUGGCGAACCCCACCCCCGCGAGGUCACCGGAGUUGAGGUCCUGCGGGGUGGGACUCGGGAGAAAAUCGAAUCCAAACGGAUGGUCGUCUGUUUAGGCACCAUUGGCUCCCCGGCGCUGCUGCUUCGGAGUGGGAUCGGCCCUCAAGGCGCCGUUCUCGACCUGCCCGACGUCGGGCAGAACCUCAUUCAAGGAUGCACCGCGGAUCUGAUCUUCCGCAUCCGGGGUGGGCGAAACGUGCGGAGCAAAUCCUUGAGUUGGAACAACCUACCCUACCUAUGGGGGCAGUGGAAGGAAUAUAACGAGGAUCGCACGGGGAUUUUCGCGUCCUUUGCCGAAGCGGUCGCGUAUGUGCGGUCGCAAUCCACCCAACAAGCCGCCGCCGAUCUCUCGAUCGCGUUGUUUCGCACACCCCAACUCGGCUGGCAGGACUGGUCGCGCUCCUAUCCACGCGAAGGGUUCACCCUCCGUGUGACCCAUCACUACCCCCAGAGCAGGGGUGAGGUGAGCCUCAACCCCACGACCGGCCAGAUCCAGAUCCGCAGCGGGAUGCUCCGCGAGAAGCAUGACGUCUUGUGUAUGGACGAGGGCAUUCAAUGGGUAGGGUUGCUCGUUUCGAAGGAUUCCAACCUCCGCUCCGUGUAUCACACCAAUAACCAUGACAACCACGUCAGCCCGUUUACCGCGUUGGAUGUGCAACUUGAUCACCCCUCGCAGGAUAUGAACACGCAGAAAAAGGUCGCCGCGUUUCUGGCGCGAUUCUCCAACGGAUGCGACGAUCUCUUCGGUACCUGUGCGCUGCAUCGUGUGGUGGAUUCCAAAAUGAAAGUUUUAGGGGUUGAGGGGCUGUGGGUAGCGGACGCCAGCGUGGUGCCUCAGCCGACGAUGGCAAGCAGCUCCAUCCUUGGAGCAUCUAUUGGUGCUCGAGUAGCCACACUCAUGUCUUGA